AUGAUGUGUGGCCAUUACCUCGUGCACUGGUCCUCCCGAUGCCCAAGGAAAUGCGUUCUCCCCGACCGGCGCAACUCGCUAGCCUGUACCUGUGCCCAGUGCGACCCGGAGUUCAACAGGUCGCAGAUCCUGCUCAAAUACAGCGCCGAAAGGGACAGGCUGAUGGCCAGACUCCGAGCCGCGCUGCUCGAAGGACGUGUGCAGGACGCCAAGGCACUCGAGAGGCGGCUGCGCGACAAGCAGUCCAAGCAGAUGCAGGACUUGGUCCGAGCCAGGGUUGGCGGCCUGGACCCGGCAGUCCCCGUGCGGUUUCCGGGGAUGUAUGAGCAGUUCGUCGAGGAGAACCUUGGGAGGCCAAUCGAUUGGGAUCGGUUGUUGAGCAAAUGA